AUGCCUUCAAUGUUCUCUUUCCACAUCUCAUCGAAUAAGAAUAGCGCCGACCCUAAGCUAGAGGCCAAUGGCCGACAGAUCCAUGGUCUUCGCUGGCUGGUUAUCUGUGUCGCUCUCUACAUCAGCUGUAUCCUCUAUGGUCUUGAUACCACCAUCGCUGCAGACGUACAAGGAUCUAUUAUUGAACAGUUUGGCCAUGUUGAACAGUUGACGUGGGUUGGAGCAGGCUUUCCUUUGGGCUCUGUGUGCGUCAUUCUUCCACUCGGAAAUCUGUACAGCACUUUCAACAUCAAAUGGAUCUUCUUCACAACUGUAGUGCUCUUUGAGGUUGGCUCAGCUCUUUGUGGUGCCGCUCCAACGAUGAGUGCUUUGAUUGUUGGUCGUGUUAUCGCCGGCGCCGGAGGUAGUGGCAUUUACCUUGGCUCGUUGAAUUACUUCUUAGCCAUGACAGCGUCGGAGGAACGUGGCUUGUACAUGGCACUCAUUGGAAGCUGCUGGGGUGUUGGUGCUAUCCUAGGUCCUGUUAUUGGCGGAGCAUUUGCAACAUCGUCAGCCACCUGGCGUUGGGCAUUCUACAUCAAUCUUGUCAUCUUUGCCAUUUCGGCACCCGCAUAUAUCUUCUGUCUCCCUUCGAUCCGCCCGUCCCAAGGCGUCAGUAUACGGGCACGGGUCGCCCGUUUGGACUUUGUGGGGUUUAUCCUUGGCGCUGGCGUUUGGGUUGCUUUUCUGUUAGCACUCUCGAUGGCAGGUGGCCAAUGGGGCUGGGGCGAUGGAAGAACUAUUGCGACUUUGGUGGUUUUUGGAGUCACUUUGGUUGCGUAUUGCCUCCAGCAGUACUUCGCCCUCUUUACAUCCAAAGCUCACCGUGCAUUUCCUAUCCAUCUAUUACGCGAACGCACACAAGUCCUACUUUAUAUAGCAACCGCAGCCGGCAUUACAACACUCUACGUUGCAAUGUACUUUAUUCCGAUUUACUUUCAGUUUACCAACGGGGACAGUGCCCUAAAGGCAGCCGUUCGAUUGCUUCCCUUUGUUAUCGUUGCAAUUUCGGUAAACUUAGCCUCUGGAUAUUUCCUAAGUGCUAUUAAGAUAUACAUGUUGAUCUACGUCAUUGGCGGCAUUUUCUUGACGGUUGGCGGUGCACUCCUUACUGUUUACCUGGACCCACGCACGUCAGCCGGUACUAUCUACGGCCUGUGUGUAGUCACAGCUAUCGGCAGUGGCCUGGCCAUGUUGUCUGGCUAUUCUAUUGCGACGCUUACCACGAAACCAGAAAAUGCUGGGGCAGCACUCAGCCUACAGAAUGUGUCGCAACUCGGAGGCCAAGUCAUCGCUCUUGCUGUUGCGGGGCAGAUUUACCACUCAACAGCUGUCAGAAAUCUACGAUCCGUCCUGUCAGGCCAGGACUUUUCAGAACAAGAUAUAGAGAGCGCUGUUGCAGGCGCGCAGAGCAAAAUACUAGAAAAAGUACAUGGCGCUUUGCAACAGGAGGUUAUCUUGGCUCUCGUCCACGCAAUGCAGCAAGUGUUCGUACUAAUUCCUGUGGCAGGGGGGAUUAUGAUCCUUGCAGCACUGUGUAUGAAGCGAGAAAAGCUUCUUGGGGUCGCUAAUGUUGCCGCCGUAUAG